AUGCUACUUGGCGUAAGCUAAUGCAUAUGAAAUUGUCACAUAAUCUUGUAUCUCCUAGGUCCUGACCAGGUUGAAGAUGACAGACUGUCUGGGAGACGGGGCCGGGGAUAUGACCCCAAUGGACCUAUAUGAGAAACUAACAUUACAAGGAGAGACAGUCCGAACUCUGAAAACAGAAAAGGCUGCUAAAGUAAGCUUUUCGAUGUAUUUAUUUAUUUGAAAUGUUGCAGGAUAAAAUCUCUUGAAAUGCACCAUCUCGUUUUCAAGUGUCCAAAAAAAACAAUACUUAGUAACAAGAAUAAUAUGGCAACUACUGUCUAAUAAUAUUAACAAUUAAAUAAUAAUAAUAUGUCAACUACUGUCUAAUAAUAUUAACAAUUAAAUAAUAAUAAUAAUAUGGCAACUACUGUCUAAUAUUAACAAUUAAAUAAUAAUAAUAUGGCAACUACUGUCUAAUAAUAACAACGAAAUACAAAUAAAACUGCAUAAAAAAGUUGUAAAGCUAAUAAUAGGCCUACAAAUAAUGUCGUAGCAAAUUGUCUUUGUCCUCAGUCAAACACAAAGUAUUUCAGAGUUUUUGUUGAAUUAAGAUAGACUUUAUUACACAAGCAAUAGAGCCGAGGUGGUCUGCAGAGCAUAUCACUUUCAGCUCUCAGUUUAUAUAGUCACUUUACAUACAUUUUUAUCUUAACCCCUCCCUCUUGGGUUCCACCCCCACUGUCUCCAGUUUCCACCUCUUGACUGCUCUGCUCACUUCCUUAGUUUAUGAUAGUGGCGAAAUCUGACUUCUAUUCAGUUUGGAAACAAUGGUGGUGUGACCAAUCAAGCUUUGUCAUGCACAAAUAACAGCCCUGUCAUGUAAAAAUAAUCAUGUUCAGUUUUAACUUUGUUCAACCCUAGCUCACCCUGGCUUGACCUGGAGAUGGAUUGUGGACAACAUGGCAGGCCCACAAUCCAUCUCUCAAACAUACCCAAGCCUAACCCCUCUGUCCCAGCCCGUCACGCUAUAAUUUAAUCAGGAAGACACUCAAGGAGAGACGAAGGGUUCAGCCUGGUUUCAGUCACUGAUAAGAUAAGACAACCGAAGACCGGUCAGAUGACCAGAGAACAAACACAUAAUCCCAGUGAGAGAAACCAAUUAUGUUCUUGCCUAUCAACAGUGAUGUAUCAAAAUGUUUAACCCUGGCUCCGUGUUUGUCUAUCACAAAGUACACUGACAAAUCCUCAUCAUAUGGUUAAAAUCUAACAGAGACAUUUCCUGGCUCUGUUUCACAAUUCCCUGAGCUAUUUCCUUGCUCUGUUUCAGGCCUCUUCUUGUUAUGUUGUGCUUAACUAUUUAACCAUACAUUGUUAGCUUGUCAUGAUGUAAUUAACUAUGCUUACUAUGCUUAACUGGAAUAAACCACAUCAAUCCCCCCUUUGGAACUUAAUAGUCCCAUAUCAAUACAUCAAAAUACUUCACAUGUAUAUAGUGACUAAUAUAUGAAUACUGUGACAUAAAAAUCAACAUGUUAAUGAUUUAAGGCACAAUCCUUGCAUUAAGAUCAUAUUGUCAAACAGUAAGAUUUAAACGUUUCUACUCUAAAUAAAUCAUAUACGUGUAUCCUAACUCAUUAAAACUAACGUAGCAUUGUUUUAACCAUAAUAUCUAUUUAAGGCAGUUAUCUUGCGAUUGUAUACGCAAUACAUUUACAUUUUAGUCAUUUAGCAGACGCUCUUAUCCAGAGCGACUUACAGUUAGUGAGUGCAUACAUUUUCAUGACAUGUUGAGAAUAGUGUCAACAUCUUUAGCUCACAUAGCUUCUCUACCCAUAUCACAAGUAGUAUAACAAUCACAAGAAUCAAUAUCUAAUACAUUAAUUGCAGUGUCAACAUCUUUAGUUAUUAACAUAUUAAUAACUUACUCAAAUCAAUCAGUCACCUGACAACUCAAUCAUAAUCAAAUUAAUUAUCCCAAAAAAAUUUUGAAUUACAAUUCUUAGUGAUUCACGUUAGUCCUAUCACUCAAAGUUAAAACCCUCAACUUGGCACCCAUUGACACUGGCAGAAUGUACAUUUAUAUUAACAUACAGUAUAAUUAUCCAUAAUUCUAGUAUAAGCUUCCUUAUAAGGAGAAUAACUACAGAUCAGUAUCUCAAUGCAUUCUUAUCCUAAAUUACUAUACAUUUAGCCGGGGUGUAGACCUCCUCAAUCAACCUGAUACCCCAAAUAAUGAUUUUGGACAAGUCCAAAUCAAUUACGGGCACAGUCAAAUCAAUUACGGGCACAGUCAAAUCAAUUACGGGCACAGUCGACCAACCCCUUCCUUCCCCGCCACUCAAUCUUCUGGAGUCUCUUCAUUUUCUUUUUCAGAUAGCUUUAUAGUUCAAAAUGGAUGGCCCAUGAUAAUGUCCCAAUUUCAAUGUCUCACCUGAGCCGCCACUACCUCUACCCCCAUUAUGUUUUGUCCAUUUGCCAACCAGUAUACCAGCAUCAUGAGAGAUGUUAUAUUUGAACAGAUCUCUCUUCAUGCCCACUCCACAUGGACUCCUGUCACACUCCUGAGAUGAAAGGCAUGAGAGAAAAGCCAGUUGAUAGCUUCGAUUGGAUGCUGGUUCUGAUUCAGGUAUCUUGGUAGAAGUGGUGCUGGACAGGACCCUAUUCAACGCCUUUGUUGCUCCUCUUCAGCCGGUUAGUUUUUAAAAUUGAGGAUCACACCGUUCUUGACCGAAUUAUCCCUGCUAUGCAUCAAGACACCAUCUGCAGUAACCUUGAGAGAGUAAAGAUCAGAACAGUUUAGUGGAGUUCAUUUCUGAUUCAGGAAAUCCAGAUAAGCAUUUAUUUGUUAAAAACAAAUUAUUAUUUUUACCAAUUAUUCUUAAAACCAAUUUCUAAUAUACUCCCCUCUAUCACCCUUCGGAUUUCACCUCAGUCAUAGGAUCAGGAAGUUAGAACUCUAACCCAUUGGGAGAAAUCCCAACAAUCCAGCAGACCCAAUCUGGUGAGAUUUACAUUGAAACACAACAGAAUAAACCCAACAAUACACUCCUUCAUAUAUCACUGGAUACACUCUUACAUAUCACUCAAGGUGUGUACAUCUCAAUCCAAAAACCUCAGAGGACUGGUAAUUCCCCUACUUUGACACAUGACUCAUAAUGAGAGUAAUGUUUAAAAAACAACAACCCUGCUACUGGUUUAAAACAAAUCGAAUAAGAAUCACUAGCCUUAAUAACUCCAUAAAGAAAAAACGUGUAUCCAUACGUCAUAAAAAAAUAGUCUUACAGUGAGGGAAAAAAGUAUUUGAUCCCCUGCUGAUUUUGUACAUUUGCCCACUGACAAAGAAAUGAUCAGUCUAUAAUUUUAAUGGUAGGUUUAUUUGAACAGUGAGAGACAGAAUAAUCUCUUUCUUGUCCCCUCUCUCUGACUCUCUUCCUCUCUUUCUUGUCCCCUCUCUCUGACUCUCUUCCUCUCUUUCUUGUCCCCUCUCUCUGACUCUCUUCCUCUCUUUCUGCUACUUUGCUUCACGUUCUCUGUCCGCUCUCCAUCGUUAUUCACUUUCCUGAUUCAUCUCUACUCCUUGUAUUCUUGGCCUUCCUGUUGCUAAUCUUAUGUUUGGUUCUGUGUCUAUGUUAGGAUGCAAGGUCAAUUAUUUCUGUUAGCUUUCUCAGCUAAAAGUUUUUCUAUUCCUCAGUUAAUGGUAUCUCUCUCCAUAAUAUAUCUUCAUACUCUGCUUCUUUCCAACAAUGAGUUUUUAUCCCUUGUGUUUUUAGUACUCUUUUUAUUCUCUUUUACUGGCUUAUAUCUGGACGGCUAGUCCAUAUUCUAAAUUCUCCUACCUUCUAUGUUAUUACUGUGUUUCCUGCGCCCACCACUGUUUUAAUAAUCGUGGUCUGACUGUUAUCUUUUCUCCCGGUCUGCGCCCCCACCUUCAAAUUUCAUGUACCAAUUUGGGUAAUUCUAUUAGUGCCUAUUUGUUCCCUGAUUACUGUCGCUCGUUUGGGAAUAACCCACUGGAAGUCUCUCGAUACUAUAGACACUUCUAAUUAAGCUUCUGUUAUUGUUUCCCUGGAUCUACAUUUAUAUCUGUUCUCUCUUUCCUUCCAUAUAUCUACCUCAUACGUGUCCAAUCCACCUUUAUUCAUUUGGAAAUAGGUCUGACGAGUUUAAUCAAAUGGAUUAUGUUUUCCCUUGCGACACAAUGAAAUUCCUUUACCACACCACCUUAGCUCCGCAAUGAGAGACAGUCAUAUAAUGCUUAACCUUAUCUGUAUUGUUUCCCACCCCUCACGUACGUCUACGAUUUGGGUGCGCAAGUUAGUAUAUAAAUAUUAUUCCACUUAUUACUUUAUCAAAUCUCUAGUAAUCGAUUACACGCACAUAGAAUUCACCAUAUCGUCAUAUAUUCACAUCAACCAAUCAAUUCGCGUUUUUUAAUGAUUAUCCAUUGCCACACAUCUCCUUAUCACAGUCUACUCCCAGCGGAACCAUCCCCUUAUCACAGUCUACUCCCAGCGGAACCAUCCCCUUAUCACAGUCUACUCCCAGCGGAACCAUCCCCUUAUCACAGUCUACUCCCAGCGGAACCAUCCCCUUAUCACAGUCUACUCCCAGCGGAACCAUCCCCUUAUCACAGUCUACUCCCAGCGGAACCAUCCCCUUAUCACAGUCUACUCCCAGCGGAACCAUCCCCUUAUCACAGUCUACUCCCAGCGGAACCAUCCCCUUAUCACAGCCUACUCCCAGCGGAACCAUCCCCUUAUCACAGUCUACUCCCAGCGGAACCAUCCCCUUAUCACAGCCUACUCCCAGCGGAACCAUCCCCUUAUCACAGUCUACUCCCAGCGGAACCAAAAACAACUUUUAGUUACACGGACCCACUUUCUAACAUAACAUCCCGCUCUCAAUACCUCCCUGUGAUAUUCUCUGAUGGGCAGUAAUGUACGGAACCCCAAGAUAACGUUAUAUCAAAAGCUUAUUAUCCAAAUCUCAAUCAUUUUAUUUUACAUAUUUCUAUAUGUUAUUAUCCAAACUAUAAAACUCAUUCCCAUAUUCACACAACUCUCAUAUCACAUUCACACAAUGCUAUUUCCAAACACACUUAAUCCAUAUUUGUAUAACCUGCAGGAAUAUUUUUAUUCUAUGAAAGGGGGACCCAAAUUUGGAAUGUCAAUUCUAUCACAUUAUCAUUUUACUAUAACCAAUUUUAAACCCAGUGAGAGAAACCAAUUAUGUUCUUGCUUAUCAACAGAGAUGUAUCCAUGUUUAACCCUGGCUCCGUGUUUGUUGAUUAACCAUGUCUAUCCCAUAAUCCACUGACAAAUCCCCAUUUCCUGGCUCUGUUUCACAAUUCCCUGAGCUAUUUCCUUGCUCUGUUUCAGGCCUCUUCUUGUCAUGUUGUGCUUAACUAUUUAACCAUACAUUGUUAGCUUGUCAUGAUGUAAUUAACUAUGCUUACUAUGCUUAACUGGAAUAAACCACAUCACUAACAAAACUACUGCUACAACUAAUAAAACAAAUAUCUUCACAUGGGGAUGUUUCUAUUGGUUAAAAACACAAACAGUGUGUUCUUAUACUGUAUCAUGUCAUAAUAAGUUGCUAAGUGUUGUGCAAUACAGUCAUGAUACAACAUGGUCAUAUCGUCUUCAUGUAGUGAAUUAUUCCAUGACCAUGGUAAUGGGACACCAUGAUGUUAUUGUAAUACCUGUAUCUUCUAUUGGUUUUGGAUCGCAGGCUGAUAUUGAUGCUGCUCUACAGUUGCUGCUGAAGCUCAAAGUGGACUACAAGCAGGUAACAGGUCAGGACUACAAGGCUGGAUGUCCACCCUCGGAAUGCUCUGUUUCACAAGACAAUGGGCCAGCAGCAGCUGCAGAUGGGGAGGACAUGGUCGACCCCUGGAACGUCUCCACCACCAGCGCCAAAGGAGUGGACUACGACAAGCUGAUAGGUCAGAGGGGAAAGCAUAAUGUUAGAUCUCUGGGUAGAAUCCUAAUUUGGGCACAUGCACAGCGCACUCUUCACUCGACAAUCGUGUGAAUCAUGCAUUGAUGGAAGAAUUGUUAGAGUUAUGUACGAAUUCUCAAGUUAGGAGUUGGGCCUCUGUGAAAAUGAAUGAGCCUUUAUGCGAGAUAUCUAAAAUAUCUCACACGUUGCUGUAAACUCGCUUCAAACAUAUGGACGUUAUCUAAUGUCAAACUCUUUUUUGAUUUAGUCAGAGCAUAAUUCAUGGUAUGGGUAAAUUGUGCACUGCCGUAAAACAUCUUACUGUGUGUUUCUUUCCAGUGAGGUUUGGCAGUAGCAAGAUUGACCAAGAGCUGGUGGACAGAAUAGAGAGAGUCUCGGGACAGAAGGCACACCGGUUUUUACGCCGAGGAAUCUUCUUCUCUCACAGGUCAGUGACGCUAGUCAACACAGUCACCAGAUUGUUCACUCCUCUAGUAUGACAGCUGUGCUUGUCAUCACCGAGUUCGUCAUUCCUAUGAAUUUAUUUGAAUGUACUCUAGAAGGCGGUCCAUCUGUCUGUCCGUCUGCCUUUAUGUCUAUCUGUCUGUGAUUGAGCAUGAGCAAUUGAUCCCAGGUAGUAAACAUCUAGUCUUAAUCUGCUCUCAUCUUGUCUUGAAGGCAUUUUAGAAUGUGUCAUGUGCUUUAACUCUGCGUUUGUCUUUUCCAGAGAUAUGCACCAGGUUCUGGACGCGUAUGAGAAGAACAAGUCUUUCUACCUCUACACGGGCAGAGGGCCCUCCUCAGAGGCCAUGCACGUGGGCCACCUCAUACCUUUCAUCUUCACAAAGUGAGGCGCUGCUUUUAUAUACUGUUUAUCUCUGUUAGUAUUAGUAGCCAGGGUUGGGGUCAAUUCCAAUUCCCUUCCAGUCAAUUCAGAAAGUAAACCACACUAAUGUUUCCUGUGAAAAGCAUAGAAGAGAAUUGGACAUUCAGUGUACUUCCUGAAUUGACUGGAAUUUAAAUGGAAUUGACCCCAACCCUGAUUAGUAUUAGUGAGAUGGAUAGACUUGACACUAUUAAGAACCACCAAAAGUUCAAACAUUUGAGUAGACUCCAUCUAUUCUCCCUACACUAUGGUACAUCCCAGACCUUGUCCCAGACCAGGAAACACUCUAGACCCUACCUACUGUAUUACACACUGCCUAUAAUAACAGAUACUGUAUAACACACUGCCUAUAAUAACAGAUACUGUAUAACACACUGCCUAUAAUAACAGAUACUGUAUAACACACUGCCUAUAAUAACAGAUACUGUAUAACACACUGCCUAUAAUAACAGAUACUGUAUAACACACUGCCUAUAAUAACAGAUACUGCAUCAUGUCAAAAACACCUAAGCCCCAGCGUUUCAAGUCAGGUUUGUAGAAGAAGGGUCUACGUUAGACUGACUUCGUGGCUUAAGGCCGGUCGUAUGGAAGUGGAUUCAGGUCAGAGGGUCGUAUGGAAAUGGAUUCAGGUGAGAUUUGAGAGUAAAGGGCUGCGCUCCACCUGUUCCCAGGUGGCUGCAGGACACGUUUGACAUCCCACUGGUGAUCCAGCUGACGGACGAUGAGAAGUACCUGUGGAAGGACCUGUCCCUGGAGGACUGUCACCGCUACGCCGUGGAGAACGCCAAGGACAUCAUCGCCUGUGGCUUCGACGUCAACAAGACCUUCAUCUUCUCUGACCUGGACUACAUGGGGUACCUAACUAACCACGGACCCCUCUGUCUCACUACGUCUCUGGGCACUUAUCCACGAAGCAUCUCAGAGUAGGAGUGCGGAUCUAGGAUCAGGUCCCCCUCUGUCCAUGUCAUGUUACUCACUAGGAUCUAAAAGUCAAAGCUGAUCCUAGUUCAGCACUACUACUCUGAGACACUUUGUGGCUACGGGCCCUGGGCCUCAUUUACCUAAGAGGUGCAGGGACUACUGUGUGUUUUAGUACUAUUAAAUAUUAGUCGUUUCAGAAUUGCCUCAUCAUGCUCUUUGAGCGUUUAUACAUCAUGGGAAUACUAAAGAAUAGUUAUUUUUCUAAAAAAUGUCUCUUAAUCACACGUCUGUUCACUGGUGGCGCUAUAGUGCAGUCAUUUAAAAUAAUAUUUAGAUAGUAGGCUACAUUGCUCUCAACCUCUCUCUCUCAGGAGCCUUCUGUCAUCAUAAUUCUUCACCAUAAUUAUUUGCUGUGUGGGUUAUUCUCAACAGCCUGAGAUACUAAAAGCCGAUGCUUGUCAUUCAAUAGAAGUAGCUCACAGUGACAUACUUUACUUAUUCAAAGUGCAUCGUAGUCCUGCUAGUGGUAUGAGGUUGGCAUGUCAGCUAUGUUGCCUAUUUUGAUGAUUGUUCUUAACCCUGAUUGUUUUGUCUCUACAGGGCGUCCCCAGACUUCUACAGGAAUGUGGUGAAAAUACAGAAGCAUGUGACUUUCAACCAGGUCAAAGGCAUCUUUGGAUUUGGCGACAGUGACUGCAUCGGUAAGAGAGAUGACUUGUAGGAAUUGAUAACUGUUGAGCAAUUAUACAAAUGCUGGGCUUUCACUUUCAUUAUGAAUGAACACUAUUAAUUCUUUCUGACUAGCAUAGUGUUGCUACAAUGUGAUCAGGGUCAUUUUCACUAGAAACCAAACGGGGAAAAAAACUAAAACAAGGAGGGACUAACUGUCCAAUAAGAAAUGCUCAUUUCCAUUUUCUGUUGUAAAACGUUGUUUUACUACGGUGUGCACUAAUGAAUAUGGCACAGUUGAAUGCUUUUGAACAGCUAAGUAUUCCUCCCUCUCUCACCCACCCCAGGAAAGAUCGCCUUCCCUGCCAUCCAGGCCGCUCCGUCGUUCAGUAACUCUUUCCCUCAGAUCUUCAAGGGCAGAAAAGACAUCCAGUGUCUCAUUCCCUGUGCCAUAGACCAGGUCAGUCAAGCCUCACACCACAACCAGGACACGGUCUGCUAACCUUUAACAACCAGGACACACUGUCUGCUAACCUUUAACAACCAGGACACACUGUCUAUUAACCUUAAACAACCAGGACACACGGUCUGCUAACCUUGAACAACCAGGACACUGUCUGUUAACCUUGAACAACCAGGACACUGUCUGCUAACUUUAACAACCAGGACACUGUCUGCUAACCUUUAACAACCAGGACACUGUCUGCUAACCUUGAACAACCAGGACACACUGUCUAUUAACCUUUAACAAGCAGGACACACUGUCUGUAAACCUUGAACAACCAGGACACACUGUCUAUUAACCUUAAACAACCAGGACACACAGUCUGCUAACCUUGAACAACCAGGACACUGUCUGUUAACCUUGAACAAGCAGGACACUGUCUGCUAACCUUUAACAACCAGGACACUGUCUGCUAACCUUUAACAACCAGGACACAGUCUGCUAACUUUAACAACCAGGACACUGUCUGCUAACCUUUAACAACCAGGACACUGUCUGCUAACCUUUAACAACCAGGACACCGUCUGUUAACCGUUAACAACCAGGACACUGUCUAUUAACCUUUAACAGAGAAAGAUUUCUGAAAGAUAAAUAUUUACCAGUUCAUUUUAGAAAUUGGAUGCUUUGACUGAUCAUCUACAAGGCCCUGACUAGUGGUAACUGAUUAACCUCAGCUUCUCUUUCUACACACGAUGCUUGUGACUGUAUAUUUAGCCAGAAUAAAAUCCUGCAAGGUUAAAAACAGAAGGAUCUGAGUAGUAGGGUCUGACAGCAUGUCACUGAGAUGGUAAAGAACUGUUAAAUUCAGUCUGAUAUGUUUAAGUUUACAGGGACUCAAGUAAUGUAGCGUUACAUCUAGAGCACUAUAACGGUUUUGAAGACUUAUAUCCCUCCUCUACCCCUUAAGGACCCUUACUUCCGGAUGACCCGGGAUGUGGCCCCCAGGAUCGGCUACCCCAAGCCUGCCCUGUUGCACUCUACCUUCUUCCCCGCGCUGCAGGGGGCCCAGACCAAGAUGUCCGCCAGCGAUGCCAACUCCUCCAUCUUCCUCACAGACACGCCCAAGCAGAUCAAAAAUAAGGUGACACUGAAGCUUUCUAAUACCCUUUUUACACUGUGUUGCCCACUCAAUCUAUACUGGCUCAGAUAUUUUAUUUUUACCUUCCAGCACGAUUCUAGCAAUAGUGAAUGCUUAACCAGACUGGCACAGUACAGUACAGUCCAGUUUACCCAGUUUAGUAUUGUGAAAGAAGUCACUUGACAACGUAAAACAGGGCUUUAUAGCUAGAUACAGUACAUUUACUUUAUUAGUUCCAUGUGGCAGUCAAAUAUAGUCACCUGAAAUGGAAAUGACAUUACAUUUGAUCGAUUGAUAUCAGAAUGUUUUACACGAAAGGAGAGGGGGGAAAAAAACUGUAAUUCAUGUUGAGUUGUCAUUGUGGCUGUCAUCACUUAGGUGAACAAGCACGCCUUCUCCGGGGGAAAGGACACGGUAGAGGAGCACCGGAAAUAUGGCGGCAACCCCGAUGUGGACGUGUCCUUCAUGUACCUGACCUUCUUCCUGGAGGACGAUGAGCAGCUGGAGAAAAUCCGACAGGUGGGGGAGCGUGCUGCCGGACAGCUGUCAGAGAACCCAAUGCGCCUGGACGUCAACAGUAGACAGACAUGGCUCAACAUAUUUACAGUAUUGCUGUCAAGGUUUAGGGGCUGGUGUUAUUUUAACCGACAGCCACACUGUCCUACAUUCAAUAUAUAUAUAAUUUAUUUUACCUAGCUACAUAGCCCUACAUUUGAAUUGGUGUUUUUUAACCCACACAACCAUGCUAUCAAUGACUACCCCCACAGGUGAAAAAUAACCUGAUCUUUAUAGGAAAUAAGCAAACUAAGUUUUCUAUUUGGUAUGAAAACUAUUGGACAGAGCGGGACAUUUGACUAUCCCAGACAAGAUUCACAUCUGUUUACGCAAAUCUCUCCAAAUUAACACUGUGAUGCUUUGUGUGUGUCAACGUCUUAUCCGAAUGAUUAACGGUCUAGAUUUCCUGGAAACAAAGCUAGAGUUCUUACCUGGUCGCUCUCCCAUUAUGUGCUGUAGCCAUCUAUUCUAUUGAUGUCAUGCCAUGUUUGGCCUGGCAAAGAACGAGCCGAGAGGAGCGGCCAAAGCACAAACAGGCUGGACCACCAGGCUAAUGAUUUCCUGGAAACAAAGGAUGUUCUUUGCUGUAUUUUGUCCUAAGUAAUAAUCUCACUCAUUGGUGUACUGUAUCUCUCUCUCUCCAGGACUACGCCAGUGGAGCGCUGCUAACCGGUGAGCUGAAGAAGAGUCUGAUAGAGACCCUGCAGCCAAUGAUCACAUCCCAUCAGGAGAGACGCAAGCAGGUCACAGACGAGACCGUCAAGCAGUUCAUGACCCCGAGACCUCUAGAUUUCAAUUUCUAG